UAGACAAAACCCAUUUGAGUGUGUGACUGUGUGCUCUCACAAACCCACCAACUGGUUCACUCACUCCAAUGGAAUAGCUAAAAAAGAACCCACCUUUGAUAAAAAAGAGCACUACUUUCAUACUCACCAACCGCCUCUGUUUUCCGAAACAGAGUAGAGUAGUUUCGUCGUCUCCAUCUCUCGGAACUAUUCCAAUGGAGCGUGCUCGGCGAUUGGCGAACCGGGCUUUCGUGAAGCGCUUGGUUUCGGAAGCCAAGCAGUUUCGCCAGAAUGAGAGCUCCUCUGCUCUGCUGGGGUCUUCCUCCUCCCCUGUUAUGUACACACCUUCAAGGUACGUUUCUUCAUUGUCUUCAUUCAUGCGCACAAAUCCCAGAUCAGAUUCGUUGCUAGGCAAAACUGGUAUUGCCGGGUCACAACAGACCCGGUCCAUUGCCGUUGAGGCCUUGAAAAACAGUGACACCUUCGCUCGCCGCCAUAACUCAGCUACCCCAGAUGAGCAGACCAAAAUGGCCGAGCUGUGUGGGUUCAACGGCCUCGAUUCUCUCAUCGAUGCCACCGUGCCCAAAUCGAUUCGUCUUGAAUCGAUGAAGUUCUCAAAGUUCGAUGAGGGGUUGACAGAGAGCCAAAUGCUUGAGCACAUGAAAGGUUUGGCUUCUAAAAACAAGUUGUUCAAGUCGUAUAUUGGGAUGGGGUACUAUAACACUUAUGUUCCGCCUGUGAUUUUGAGGAACAUAAUGGAGAAUCCAGCUUGGUACACCCAGUACACUCCGUACCAGGCUGAGAUUUCUCAGGGCAGGCUUGAGUCUUUGCUCAAUUUCCAGACCUUGAUCACUGACCUUACUGGCCUUCCCAUGUCAAAUGCUUCAUUACUUGAUGAGGGAACCGCAGCUGCCGAAGCAAUGGCCAUGUGUAACAAUAUUCAAAAGGGGAAGAAGAAGACUUUUCUUAUUGCUAACAAUUGUCACCCCCAGACUAUUGAUAUUUGCAAGACUAGAGCUGAUGGUUUCGAUCUCAAGGUCGUGACCGCGGAUCUUAAGGACAUUGAUUACAAGAGUGGUGACGUUUGUGGUGUGCUUGUUCAGUAUCCGGGGACUGAGGGUGAGGUGUUGGACUAUGGGGAGUUUAUUAAGAAUGCUCAUGCUAAUGGUGUCAAGGUUGUGAUGGCGUCUGAUCUGUUGGCAUUGACACUUUUGAAGCCGCCGGGUGAGUUGGGGGCGGAUAUUGUGGUGGGUUCUGCUCAGAGGUUUGGUGUGCCGAUGGGGUAUGGAGGUCCUCAUGCAGCAUUCCUGGCCACUUCUCAAGAGUACAAGAGGAUGAUGCCAGGAAGAAUUAUCGGUGUUAGUGUUGAUUCUUCGGGGAAGCCUGCGCUGCGUAUGGCCAUGCAGACAAGGGAGCAACAUAUCCGAAGGGACAAGGCUACCAGCAACAUUUGCACUGCUCAGGCUUUACUUGCAAAUAUGGCUGCUAUGUAUGCUGUUUAUCAUGGACCUGAAGGCCUUAAAACCAUUUCCCAAAGGGUGCAUGGUCUUGCUGGGGCUUUUGCAGUUGGAUUAAAGAAACUUGGGACAGCGGAAGUUCAGAGCCUUCCCUUCUUUGACACCGUCAAGGUUACAGUUGGUGAUGCACAUGCAAUUGCUGAUGCUGCUGCCAAGAACGGAAUUAACUUGAGAGUACUGGACUCAAAAACUAUCACUGUUUCAUUUGAUGAAACAACUACCUUGGAGGAUGUUGAUCAACUUUUCAAAAUUUUUGCUUUGGGCAAGCCUGUCUCUUUUACUGCUGCAUCUCUUGCACCAGAAGUAAAGACCGCUAUCCCUUCUGGACUAACAAGGGAGACCCCAUAUCUUACCCACCCAAUCUUCAACUCGUAUCAUACUGAGCAUGAGUUGCUACGAUACAUUCACAAGUUGCAGUCUAAGGAUCUUUCAUUAUGCCACAGUAUGAUUCCAUUGGGAUCCUGUACAAUGAAAUUAAAUGCAACAACUGAAAUGAUGCCAGUGACAUGGCCUAAUUUCUCAGACAUUCAUCCUUUUGCCCCUACAGAACAAGCUGAGGGUUAUCAGGAAAUGUUCAGAGAUUUGGGUGAUCUAUUGUGUAGCAUCACUGGGUUUGACUCUUUCUCAUUGCAACCUAAUGCCGGAGCUGCUGGAGAGUAUGCUGGACUGAUGGUUAUUCGGGCAUAUCAUUUUGCAAGAGGGGAUCAUCACCGCAAUGUGUGUAUUAUACCUGUUUCUGCACACGGUACAAAUCCUGCUAGUGCUGCCAUGUGUGGAAUGAAAAUUGUCACUAUUGGAACUGAUGCUAAGGGAAACAUCAACAUUGAAGAGCUGAAGAAGGCUGCUGAAUCAAACAAGGACAACCUAUCAGCUCUUAUGGUGACGUAUCCUUCAACUCAUGGAGUGUAUGAAGAAGGUAUUGAUGAGAUCUGUAAGAUAAUUCAUGACAAUGGAGGUCAAGUAUACAUGGAUGGAGCUAACAUGAAUGCACAGGUGGGUCUGACAAGCCCGGGUUGGAUUGGAGCUGAUGUCUGCCAUUUGAACCUCCAUAAGACAUUUUGCAUUCCACACGGAGGCGGUGGUCCUGGCAUGGGUCCUAUUGGUGUGAAGGCUCACUUGGCACCAUACUUGCCUUCCCAUCCUGUGGUUCCUACUGGUGGAAUUCCUGCCCCCGAAAAGUCUCAGCCACUUGGUACCAUCUCCGCUGCACCUUGGGGAUCUGCACUUAUUUUGCCAAUAUCAUAUACUUAUAUAGCUAUGAUGGGUUCCAAGGGACUCACUGAUGCAUCAAAGAUAGCAAUUCUGAAUGCAAACUACAUGGCAAAGCGCUUGGAGAACUAUUACCCCAUUCUUUUCCGUGGUGUCAAUGGAACCGUUGCCCAUGAGUUCAUUGUUGACUUGAGAGGCUUUAAGAACACUGCUGGAAUAGAGCCAGAAGAUGUUGCCAAGCGUCUGAUGGACUACGGAUUUCAUGGACCAACAAUGUCAUGGCCAGUUCCUGGCACUCUCAUGAUUGAACCAACAGAAAGUGAAAGCAAGGCUGAGUUGGACAGGUUUUGCGAUGCUCUUAUCUCCAUCAGAGAAGAGAUUGGCCAGAUCGAGAAAGGAAAAGCUGAUAUUCACAACAACGUUCUGAAGGGAGCUCCUCACCCAUCAUCCCUGCUCAUGGGAGACACAUGGUCAAAGCCAUAUUCCCGGGAAUAUGCAGCCUUCCCAGCUUCGUGGCUCCGUUCUUCGAAGUUCUGGCCUACCACAGGACGUGUUGACAAUGUGUAUGGUGACCGCAACCUUAUCUGCACUCUUCAACCAGAGCCUGUGGAGGAAACAGCAGCAGCAGCCACUGCUUAGUCUUCAUCUCCAUCCAUUGCUCGUCGUCACCACAAAAAGUCUGGUCAUGGAUAGCACCAAAUGAAGUCCACAUCUUCCCUUCCCUUCACAAAGAAAAGAAAUCAUCAUCACCUUCUUCCACAUUCCCACAUUGUACAUAAUUUUAUCCAUAUCUAAAUACACAUACAGCCUGCCAUAGCUGGUGACAUUCAUUUCCCUAUUAUGAUGAUGACGAUUAACUUUUCUAAUAACAACUGCUGUUGCUAUUUUGCAACU